UCUUGUUGUUCCUGUAGCUAUUGUAAUAAAGAGAGAAGAGAAACAUGGAGGUGACGUUAGUUUCAUGGACUAUAAAGAAUUGGAAGAAGCUUACGCCAGAGAAGAAGUGUAUCCUCUUGAUCUUAAAAAUGCAGUCGCUGAAGAGUUAAAUAAAUUACUGGACCCCAUUAGAGCUAAAUUUAACAGUGACCCCUCGCUGAAGAAACUAAGGGACAUGGCUUACCCUGGAGGAGAGAAGUCUGAGGGUAAGAAAGAGGGCGGGGCUGCUGCCGCUAAUCGUGCUGUUGAUAUAACAAGACUUGAUCUGAGGGUUGGAGAGAUAAUAUCAAUUGAGAAGGUGUGGUCACCAGAUAAGUGCAUUUCUGAUACAUGUACUUGCACUUAUGUUGCUACAUUUGAGCUGAUUCUGAUCAA